UUAUACAGGUUUCUGUUAGUAUCAAAAUGGAAACGUUUAUCAAAAUAAAAUUAUAAAGUGGCUGUACCUUACUAUACUAACUAAAACAAAUAACAUAAGUACUUAUAUAGUUAACUAAAAUCAAUAUCAUGAACCGUUUCCAAAGGCAUUACGGGACGGCAAAACCAAUUAAAUCCCCGUCCAACCCUCCCCGUGCAAAAAGACAUGGGACACGGGUUCCCAUUCGCUCAGUAGACCGCAGCUCUUCUGUAGGGCCUGAGCAAAUUGGCUACAGUUUGAAGAAGGAAUACCAUGAUAUGGUGAAGGAAAAGGAAAAUAAUGAAAAGCAGCAAGAACCACCAAUCGUACCCAACAUGGAUUCCUCAUUAUUCUCGACGAUUCUAUUCCGCGACUCGAGCUCUCUCUGUUAUUGCGUCGAUUCUGAUGAUGAUGAUGAGGACGAGGUGGAUUCGGGAGGUAAAGAAGUGAUGGUGGAAAACAAGAGCUUGGACAUCAAACCGAGCCAUAAGGAGUUCGGACAAUGCUGUGAAAUGAACCAAUCACCACUACAGCCCUCUGGCUUAUCUCUCUCACCGGAACAGCUAGAUCGUUUGCGACAGUUGAAAAGCAUCUUAUGUAGCCAGAAGUCGACAGUCGAACAAGCCACCCAGUGGGGUGACAGGGCCGUGGCUCAUUGGGUCACGGCGGCGUCUGAUCAGCCGUUGAGGUUUGAAGCCAAGGAUGUUGGGGAUGAAUCCGAAUCACUACAAUCAUCAGAAAAGUCCACACCUCAAUCUGAAAACGCUGACAUCUGCAUAUCACAGAAGCCACAAGUGAAGGUCAUUGCGGAGAAAUUCACGAAAUACAAGAAAAACGCAAUAGAAGUGAGGAAACUGAAUGAGAAAGUGGUGUGUCUGGAAUACGAUGUUUUUGAUUCAGAAAAUAUCAAGACUCCUUUGAAAAAGAUGCGAGCUUAUUUCUCUAUCAAGCCGAAGUUUAAAAAUGCUGAUGAAGGUUGGGAAUCUCCGAAAAGAUCGCAUACGUCGACGUCGUCUACAUACGAAAAUUCAAAAUACCCUCAAAAGCAAAUAGAAAUAAUAGACAGCAGAAUAUCUGAUAACCAAUCUUAUUUGGACGAUUUGAGGAAGGUUUUGCAACGGAAAAAGCAUACAAACAUUAGAAAGCAAAAGAGUUCUUUAGAUCUAGAGUCUUUGUACGAUUUUGCUAAGAAAUCUAAGCCUAUACUGGAUAAUAUUCUGUCGGACGCAUAUUUGUCCAAAAAACAGUUGGAUGAAGUGAAGGCAUUGAUACUUCAAGCGAAGACUUCUAGUGUCCAAGGCAUGAGUAGGAGGAAGGUUAAAUGUAACCAGCUAGCAUCUAACAUAUCCAACAGUGUUAUAUCUAAAACUAUAAUAGCAGAAUUGUACAGAUAAACUUUAUAGUGGAUCAUGAUCAUGACUAUUGAUUGAUAAAACAUUCUUCUUAUAGUACAGCUAGCAUAGUAAAAGAAUUUAACAAUCUUUGGAAAAGACUUUGAUUUUAUUUACAUAAAUAACAACAUGUUUAUAAUAAUUUGGUAUACUUACGCAAAUGACUAAUAAUAAAACUAUCUAUAUAAAAACUG